AUGUCAAGAUCCAGUCCUUUGCAUGUCACUUCCAAAAUUCCAACAAUAGGAAGCCUGUGCUUGCUACUGUUCCAGCUGGUGCUCUCAGAUCUAUCAUGUGAAGAAAAUGAAAUGUGUGCAAAUUAUGAUGACCAGCAUUCUGAUGGCUGGUAUAUCUGGUUCCUAAUGAUGAUACUCUUGGUGGUUCUCCUCUGUGGAGUAGUGCUUCUCUGUCUCCAGUCCUGGCUGAAAAGGUGCCGAAUAGAUGAUCCUCCCAGACGCACUCUGGCUGUUUUUGCUGUUGGAGACCUGGAUCUCAUUUAUGAGACAGAAAUGGCUGGAAGUCCAACAUCUGGAAUCGGCCUUCCUGCUCCAAACACUGAACUGGGUCCUGCUCCAUGUUUUAGUGCCUUAGGUCCUCCACCUCCAUAUGAAGAGACUCUUAAAACAAGCUGA